AUGGAGGGGUACAGCGUUUUAAUGAAAGUUCUGCUCUUUCUCUCUUUUUCUCUUCGUUCAUCAUCAAACACACACUGUCUUCAGUUCCUCUACACUGCAGUUACACCAGGAAUAAAUUUCCCAGAGUUCACUGCUGUUGGUCUGCUGGAUGAAGAGCAGUGUGUGUAUUACGACAGUAACAUCAGGAAGAUGAUCCCAGAGACAGAAUGGAUAAAAAAGAUUGAUGCUGAUGAUCCAGAUUACUGGAACAGAGAGACAGCUAAGCAGCAGGAUGAACAGGACACCUUCAAAUCCUACCUGAGUUACAUAAUGCAAAGUUUAACUAAGUCUGAAGGGGUUCACACACUCCAGAGGAUGUACGGCUGCGAGCUCCAUGAUGACAGCAGCACUAGAGGAUAUGAUCAGUUUGGUUAUGAUGGAGAAGAUUUCAUCAGUCUGAAUCUGAAAACUGGAACCUGGACUGCAGAUAAUGAUAAAGCUGAGGUCAUGAAGAAGGAGUGGGAUAAUGUUCCUGGUUUUAUUCCGUGCCAGAGGAACUACCUGGAGAAGGAGUGUAUUGAGUGGUUAGAGAGGUUUGUCUCUUAUGGCAGAGAGACUCUGGAGAGGAAAGAUCCUCCUACAGCAUCAGUGUUCCAGAAACACUCACCUUCUCCAGAGGUGGUGUGUCACGCUACAGGUUUCUUCCCCAAAGAGGUGAUGAUCUCCUGGAGGAAGGACGGAGAGGACGUGAACGAGGACGUGGAGCUCAGAGAGACGUUACCCAACCAGGAUGGAAGCUUCCAGAAGAGAAGCAUUCUGAAAGUCCCAGCUGAGGAUCUGCAGAAACACACCUACACCUGCGUGAUUCAGCACAGCAGCUUGAAGGAGGAGUUAGUGCUAGAAGUACCAAAAGGUCCUGAUCAACUCCACAUACAGUAUAAACAAUAAAUCUGAUUUCCUGAUGCAGCAGAUAAUAAAGACUCUGUGCUGAUUUAACAGGUGGAGGACUGAUGCCUAUCAUCGUUGGUGUUCUCGUGGCUCUCGUUGUUCUCGUUGCCGUUGUUGCUGGAAUUAUGGUCUGGAAGAAGAAGAACUCUGGUGAGAGGAGGAAGGAGGCAGAUGUGAAGUUUUCA